AUGCCGUAUCUAGUCCAACCGCCCGCGCAGUCCAUCGACGCCUGCAACCCGCUGUUGACCUACACGCUCGCUGACCCCCUCCCCGCCGAGAUAAGCAUACUCAAAGACCUUCAGAAAUGGGGCUGGCAAGUCUCCGUGCAUUUCGAGGAUGAAGAAGUUUAUGUCGAUGCCGUAAGAAAGAUCGAGAAAGCAAUAAAGAAGAUGAGGCGCAGAACGCAGAUGAUAUAUGGCGACGUGGUGGGGGACAGUCCGAGGUUGACUCUUGAGGAAAUGUGGCAAAGGGAGGCGAGUAAGAAGGAGGAGGAAAGACAAUACGACACCAAGGAGAAGGAGGAAGUUAACGAUGCAGCAAGCAUGAUGUCGCGGAUGACAGAGCAGAGAGCUUGGGUGCGUUGGGCUGAUGAGGAGGCUGGGUUGGAGCCGGAGAGUCCUAACGUAGAUAAAACCACCGAUGAACAGUCCUACCUGUCGCACGCUCUGAGUUUAGAAGACUAUGAAGACUCAGUCAUCGACGUUUACGAAGGGCCUGCUGGCAGCCCCAGUACGAGCAUACAUAAAUACAACGCAUCUCGUUUUAUUGAAGAACACGAAGCCGAGUGGCAUACAUUUGUACCACGUCACUCUACCCAACGCGCUGCGCAUCAGCCUGCAAGUCAGGCAGCCUCAUCAUCCUCUACGCCUUCUACAACCUCUCCUUCUUCAGAAGCCCCAGUCGGUCUAAUGGGUAUGUCCGGAUACUGGUGUCCGCCCGUUCUUCCAACCCGGCCGCAAAAGAAACCUCAAUCUCAAUCUGUCGCAUCAAGCGCUGUGCUUCAAUCACGAGACUCGAAGGAGACUCGGAAGCUCAAGAAGAAAGUUACCCGCCGUGACUCAGAACCCUCGUUGAGGAAGUAUCUGCCACUUGGGUUUGUCAGGCCCCUGUCUUGGGUGAAAGGAAAGCGAGGCGCGAAUGAAGGGGCCAGUGCAGAUGCAACCGCACCAGAUGAGCAACAAACCACCGCUCGAUCAGAGAGUUCCUUUGGCCCUUAUCAACGCACCACUCCCACGCAAUCUGUUCCGAAUAUUCACCUGCAAGAUCUCAUAUUCCCUGGCCGUGAGAUAACCCCAGAAGCCUACUUCCAACGCACGAACCGACCCCGGAAGAAUCUACAGCCCCGCCAGCUUACACCACCACCAGGACUAGAAAACGAUCCCUAUAUGUGGCAAGUGUGGGACCGCGGCCGUAAAAGGCAGCAAGACAAGACUGAUCGUGUGCUGGGCAAAGACAGCAUACAUAGAUCAGAUAGUGGCAAUGCUAGUUGGUAUGAUGGGUUCCAGAAGAUGAUGAAGGAGAAGGAAGCAAAGGUAGCCAAGGAAGAGAAGAAGGCUGAGAAGAAGGCGAGGAAGCAGAGGGAGAAAGAGGAGAAGGAAGAGCGGAUACGCAAGGAGAAUAGGGAGAAGGAAGAGCGGAUACGCAGAGAGAAUGAGCAACCCGAAGACAUACUACGAGACCUGAUCAUAACAACGGACGGCCAAGCCGAGGAGCCCUAUUCCUACCACAAUUGGGGCUACACCAUCUACCGCACAUGCUACACGCCUGAAUCUCAAUCGCAAUGGGAAUCUCUAAUCGAAGCCAUUCAGCUAGGGGUCGAAGAAUCCCUUCCUGGGUCACAAGACGAUGAGCCACCGACAACAUCUCAACUCCUACGCUCCCUCCUACGCCUAGACUUCCGCUCGGAUGCUUCCCUGUAUGAUGGUCUUACUAUCGAACAGCUUCGUCAGACCUAUCUCAAUCCACCAGAAAAUUCUGUGCCCCCACCGAACUUCUACAGGAGCGAGCGUCUCUUCCUUGUCGCUGACGCGGACGUUUUGAUGGAUCCUUACUUUCUGCCGGAAGAGAACGAGACCACGAAAGUACCCGUUGACAAUAACACAAGCGACGCCGCAACUCCCCAGAGUGUGCAGAAAUACCAACAUCAAUACCACGGCUACAGCAAGUCCUCUGGUACCAAGCGGCGAUGGCUCAAGUGUGUCGAGGUGGACUACGUUGCUGCGGAUCAUCAUCCAAGGAGAAGAGGUCAGGGCGCACGGCCGUAUUUUGGCUGGUUCAUGAUGACGGCGGAAAGUGUGGUGGAGCUGUGGGAGGUGUUGCUUGAUCAGGAUGUCGAGGAGGUUAAACCUAGAUUGGUUGAUGUGAUAAUUUGUGAGUGCAUCAUGCCCUAUGCGUGUGUUGUUGGUGAGCAGGGGGAGGGUAUUGAGACUUGA